ACAAGGAAUUAUUUGGGUUUAUUCAAUCAAUAAACACGCGAAAUCUUACAAAGAAUGAUUUUGGUUAAUUUACUUCCGCCUACAGAGAUCUCCUUGUCCAUAGUCUUAAGGAUUAGUUAUACUUUCAACAUGGCUGCAAAAGGAAAAGCUUUAGUGGUUGCCGCGAUCGAUUUUGGGACGACCUACUCGGGCUGGGCGUUUUCAUUUAAACACGAUUACGAUCGUGAUCCGACAAAAGUGUCAGCAAAAACAUGGAGUGGUGGCCAGCUUACUUCCUUAAAAGGUCCUACGUGUAUAAAUAAAACCAGACGGAAAGACACUUGAGGCAUUUGCAUAUGAUGCAGAAACUCGCUACAGUGAACUGAGCGAAAACAAUGAACACAAACAAUGGUUCUACUUUCGAAGGUUCAAAAUGGAAUUGUGGAAGAAGUCCAUACAUAAAGACACAGUCUUAGAAGACGAAUGUGGCCGAGAGCUUCUAGCAUUGACAGUGUUUUCCCUUUCAAUCAGAUUCAUGAAGGAUGACCUGUGCAAGAUAUCGGAAAGUCAAGUGGCAGGAUUGAAAGCAGACGACAUUCACUGGGUCCUUACCGUGCCUGCUAUUUGGAAUGAUUCAGCGAAACAGUUUAUGAGAUUGGCUGCGGAGCAGGCCGGGAUUUCAUCAGACAAGCUUACCCUUGCACUUGAACCAGAAGCAGCCUCACUGUACUGCAGACAUCUUCCUGUCCAGAAAGAUGGGGAAUCAAGUCUUUCCACAAUGAGGGCUGGAAAGAAAUAUUUAGUUCUAGAUGCAGGAGGUGGAACAAUUGAUAUUACGGUCCAUGAAGUAUGCACAGGAAAUAACCUUAAAGAAGUCCACAAAGCGAGCGGAGGUGACUGGGGAGGAACGAAAGUUGAUGCAGCAUUUAUGGAAUUUCUUGGAAAGAUCACAGAUAAAAAGGCGAUGCAGAAAUUCAAAGAUUAUAACAUGGAAGACUACAUUGAACUUCUUCGUGAUUUUGAGAUAAAGAAGAGAGCUAUAGACACUUAAAAACCUAGUAAAAUAACCAUGAUUGAUCAUGUGAAAGAUGUAACAGGAAUGACAUUGAAAGACAAACUGCAAUCAUCGGGUUACGGAAAAAAGGUUACGCUGGCCGGGGAUAAAAUUCGCUUGGAUCCAGAUAUAAUGCGUUCGUUCUUUAGCACAUCUUUGACGCAAAUCAUCGAACAUGUCUCUGAUUUGCUACGAAAAGUAGAAUGCAGGGGCGUGGAGGCCAUAUUGAUGGUUGGGGGAUACUCCGAGUGCAUGCUUCUCCAAGAAUCCAUCAAACAGCGGUUUUCGCAUCUGAAAAUCAUCGUUCCACCCGAUGCAGGGCUUGCUGUUAUGAAGGGUGCGGUCAUAUAUGGUCAUUUCCCCAUGGCCAUUACCGAGCGCGUUUCAAAGUAUACAUACGGUACAGAUAUAGCAAAAAUAUUCAUCGACGGGGAGCAUCCUUUGUCUAAACGUAUAAUAUACAAAGAUGGUUCCAUUCGGUGUGAAGAUAUUUUCUCUAAACUUGUUGAAGUUGGAGAUACGCUUGUUGUCGGCCAAGCACAGAAUGAAGCAUCAUAUACACCAGUUUUCGAUGAUCAGAAAUCUAUGAGUGUGGAGAUAUUUGCUACUAGUGACAAAAAUCCAAAAUUUACAACCGAUGUCGGAUGCCAGAAAAUUGGCGGCAUUGAUGUACCACUUGCCGGAAGUGGGACCAAGCGGUCAGUUAAGGUUCGCAUGAUUUUUGGUGGUACUGAAAUUACAGUAGAGUGCCAGGAAGAAGCUACGGGAAACAUCACACUGUUGCCAAUUAACUUUCUGAUUUAAAGAACUUUUCGUAAAAGGACGGAAUAUCUACAUUCGAACAUGCCCAUGUACACAGUGUUUUUGUAUUUGCUGUAGUGGCUACAAGAAAUGCAGGUCAGUUUUCAUUUCGUUCAAGGUUCGACGUCCUCGUCUGAAACUGACUAAGUAACUUCAACAGCUACACCGCCCAUCAAUUAAAAUCACCCAUAACUUGUUUUAAGAAUAAAUUCCAGGAAUAGUUAACCUUAAAUGUGUUUACUUGAAACUUUAAGUGUGAAGUAGUAACAAACUUUAGCAUCAAAUACAUAUCAAACUUAUUGUUUGUGUUCUGACAUUAAUAGGUCUCUUCUGUUUUCAAAGUAUCAAAUAACACAUAAGAGCUGAUCGCUGACAGCUUGUGUUACAUUAAUAACGUUCAGACACGAUUCAGGAUUCUUUGCAAACAUAUCAUUUAAAAAUGGCAUCGACACCUGCUUUAUAACAGUUGUGCCAUUUUUUGUUUUAUUUAUGAAUGUAUUUUAUUCACUGUACUAUUGUCGAUUAUCUUCAUCCUUUUAUUUUGAAAAUGGUUUGAUACAGGUUUAUUGUAUUCAAUGCUUUUUCACUUGAUUAUACAACCAUUUUGAAACACUAUGAAAGUGUGUAAAAAUUAUUGUAUUUGUUUAUAUUUUGGGUUUUGGGUUUGAAAUAACCUUAAGGGACCUACUUAAUAUAACUCGUAUACUUUCCAUGUUAUAUGCGAGUGUAUAUCAUCUAAAUUUGAAAUUCUGUUGAACUAAGCAAUGUACUUUGCUCAAUGGAACAGCAGUUAAACAGCGUUUCUAAAUAACUAUGAGUUAUGUUGUAUACCUUGGGUUUUCGUUAUUAACCUAUUAAAUGCUGUAGUAUAGUCCGUGUGAUCUAAGGCGCGUGACCAGUUUUAAUCCCGGGGCAUAAUUUGAACAAGCUUUGUACAUAACCUCUAGAUGAUUCAAAAUAUCAAAACUCUAGGCACUACGCAUUUAAGUUAGAGAGAAGAUGUUUGCUACUGUGUUCACUGUAUACAUAUAAGAGUAACAAGUUGCUAGCAGGGUUCGGCAAAUUUUCCCCCCAUUGGGGAUGCUUUGCUCAAAUUUACUACAAUACUAAUAUAACAUUUAUCAUGUUAAAAUACAGCUCUGGGACUUAUAGAUUACGUGAAGAAAUGUAUUUUAAAUGAUUUUUCGAUAUAAUUACUCUCAAUAAAUCAUAAAUUGCCGAUCACUCUGUCAGUUUAGACCCAAUGGUGAUUUUUCUACAAAAUGUGAGUCAUGAUUUUGUAAUAUUAACAAUAAACGAAGGAACAUUUGAUAACGAAUUAAUAUCCUAACUGGGACUUUCUCACCACCGAUGUUGAUUUUGAAUUAAGAAACACAAAUAAAAUUUCAACGAAAUAUAUUUGUUUUAAUGUCUAAACACAUUCAUCAUAUCGUAUUUAAAAAAAGCACUUCUACUAUGUCCAUGCACUAAAAAGUCGUUUUUGAGAUUUGUUGACAUUUAAGUGUAUGAUGUUUACUUUCCUGUCCCUUUCGUACAAUUACAAGUACAUGUUCAUGGGUUAAAUCGUAA